AGCAGUUCAGUGCGCGUACAAGUCUCGUGGGUAGCGGAUGCCAGCAAAGAUUUGGCAAAACUCGUUCGUUGCGACGCAGGCUUAGCAGAUUUUUGAAUUUCACAUCGAAGCGAUCAAAAGCUGAAAUACUCGUGUUUGUGGGAGCAAAAGGCCAACUAAGAAUUCCAAAAUGGCAGCCGUCAACGCAACGCAGGUGGACUAUUGGAACUUUCUGUUCACCGAUCUGGCAGAUCCCCGCACCAAUGACUGGUUCCUGAUCAAGUCGCCAUUGCCCCUGCUGGGCAUCCUGGCCUUCUACCUCUUCUUUGUGCUCUCGUGGGGACCCAAGUUCAUGAAGGACCGCAAGCCCUUCAAGCUGGAGCGCACCCUCCUGGUCUACAACUUCUUCCAGGUGGCCCUCAGUGUGUGGAUGGUGUACGAGGGCGUGGUCAUCUGGCAGUACUACAGCUGGAGGUGCCAGCCGGUGGACUGGUCCCGCACCCCCAAGGCCUAUCGUGAGGCACGCGUCGUCUAUGUCUACUACCUGGCCAAGAUCACCGAGCUGCUGGACACCAUCUUCUUUGUGCUGCGCAAGAACGACCGCCAGGUGACCUUCCUGCAUGUCUACCACCACACCGUGAUGCCCAUGAUCAGCUGGGGCACCAGCAAGUACUACCCCGGCGGACACGGCACCUUCAUCGGCUGGAUCAACUCCUUCGUGCACAUCAUCAUGUACUCCUACUACUUCCUCUCCGCCUUCGGACCCCAGAUGCAGAAGUACCUGUGGUGGAAGAGUUACAUCACCAACCUGCAGAUGAUCCAGUUCUGCUGCGCCUUUAUCCACCAGACCCAGCUUCUGUACACGGACUGUGGGUAUCCCAGGUGGUCGGUGUGCUUCACCCUGCCCAACGCGGUGUUCUUCUACUUCCUGUUCAACGACUUCUACCAGAAGUCCUACAAGAAGAAGCAGGCUGCUGCCAAGGCCAAGGCUCUGACGGCGGACAACAACAACGAUGGGUGCGCCAAGGACCUCAACAGGGCCGUGGAGCUGGAUAACCAGAUGAAGCAGAAGGCCUUGUAGAGGGGGGCCUCCAACCAACCACCCACCAACCUCACCCGCCCCCGCAAAACCCCCACCACCCACCACCACUCCCCCCUUCAAUACUCGUACCAAAAGCGGGACAAACACCCACUGAGAGCCACCCAUGUUCUAUGUGCAACCUUGUUGACUAAUUUCUUAAGUAAUCCGCCGCCAAAAAAGAAACGAGACGAAUAGAUAUUUGAGCAAAUGAGGUUUUCGAGACACAGAUACACAUAUUAUGUAAAUGUUCAAACAGUUGAAAUUGCUUUUUGCAGCCAUCGUCAUCAUCGCUCGCUCCGUUUGAUGUUCGCAUCUGGCGGACCCAAAUGAAAGAAGUCGUAUGUCUUUCGGCCAAAACUGAACUAAGUUAAGUAAACAGGCAGAAGAAGCGUUAGUUGUGUAAAUAAGUGUAGGUACGCAUGCAAAUGUGUUUUCUUAGAUUUUAUAUACGUGUGGUAUGUAAAGUAGGCAUAAAACAAGUGAAAAACUAGCUAAUAACAAAACCAUAAAUACAAACACAUUUUACAAAUAAAUCUAGAAUUUUUUCUACAAAAAUAUCGAAAAAUAA